AUGGCCAAGACUACCGACGAAUGGGAUGAGUCAGCAGAAGUUUCUGAAGAAAGUGACUUUUUAGAUGAUGAAGAGGAAGAGUACGUGGAUGAAUAUAAUGAUGACGACGAUUAUGUAGACGACUCUGCGACAACUAAGAAUGACAGCAAAACAAGCAGGGGCAAGAGUAAGAAAGAUGGGAGAAUGAAGAGGAAAGUAGUGCUGCUGGAAGAAGAAGAAGAAGAAGAAGCUAUAGUUCCUUCCCCCAAGAGGAGGAAUAUGCACGCUUUGCCUACUGACGAGGAAGAGGACAUUGAAAACGAAGAAGAUGAAGAAGUGGAGGUGGAAGAAGAGGAAUUAGAGGAGGACUUGGAGGCAGGAGAGGAAGAAAUAGAGGAUGAAGAGGUUGAUGAGGAAGAUGAAGAGGAAGAAGGCGAAGAACAAGAACUAGAGGAAGAGGAAGACGAAGCUUCUAAUAGUGCUCUCGAAACAGAUGAAACUGGGUUAGAGGACUCAAAAGAACAUACAAUUGACAUCCCAUCUACUGCAAGUGCUGGGAGAAGUAAAAUGCUGCUCAAGCUUUUAGACUCGAGCUCCAGUUCGAAAAAAGAGUUUCUCACCGAAGAAGAGAUACAGUUACGUAAACUGGAAAAUGCUCGUAAGAGGAAGAACUUGAAGGAGAAGAGACUGGAAGAAGAAAAACGUGAUACUAUAAAUAAACUGCUGAAGAAGAGGGCAGGCAAAUCGAGAAGUCGUCUUCCAAGGGAGAACGAGGAUAAUGACGAAAGCGACGAUGGCUCCAGUUUUACCAAACCAAGAAGGCCCUACUUUGCACAGGGUUUCAUAAGAACAAUCAGAACGUACAGCCAAGAUCUGUACUGCACAUAUGAUGAAUGA